CCCCGCUCCCGCUGGCUGUAAGGAGCGGUGGGCGGGUGAAGAGCUCCAGGCCUCCCCCCGACAGCAGCCGAUCAGAGCAGCAGCCUCCGCCUCCUUCCUGAGCAGCCGCCGCCGCUUGCAGGCUCAGCCCCCGUCCAGACUCAGAGCAGCGGCGGCUGCACUUUGCUCCCCUUGCCAUCCAAAGGGGCUCCGCAGCCUGGACUAGCGCCCCGCUCCGCUCCGCUCCGGGAGCUGGCGGGAAGCAGAGGAGGAUGCGGGUGUCCCGCAGCACAGAUUUGAGAUAAUAAAUUUUCAGUAUGGGAAGGAGGAGAAUCUUGAAGGCUUGUUGAGCCAUGGAAAUGAUGUGUUCAAUCUGGAGUUGGAGGCAGAUGCAGACGUGCUUAUGCUGGGCUUUCUAUCUAAAGAAAUGGAGCCUAAAACUUAAUUGGUAAUUUCCAUUCUAAAGGAACAAAAAGGACUGUGCGGUUUUGAGUCUGCAGAUAAAUAUGAUGAAUAAAGCCCUUCUGCGUGCUCCUCCAAAUGGAGAAACAUGGAGCAGUCACUAAUCCCUGAAAAUUACCCCAGCAGGCACUCCGCCACUCCGGAGAGGUACAUGUCUGAGGAGACUAAGAAAAGACUGUCAUGAAAAGACAGCCAGGGUUACAGCACUCCAUAGUACCCACAGCUUCAGUAAAACAUGAAGGUGUCUUCCUUGGUUAAACGUCACCUUUAAAAGGAAACAUGGAUCCCAUAAACUCAACUGAACAAAAUUACACAUCAGAAGAACUGUUUAAAACAGUGACAUCAAAGAUUCUUGUUUCAUUUACUCUUUCUGUGCUGGCACUAAUGACAACGGCUAUCAACUCUCUGGUGAUGACUGCAAUAAUUGUGACAAAGAAGCUCCAUCACCCUGCCAACUAUUUAAUCUGCUCCCUUGCAGUCACUGAUUUUCUAGUUGCAGUCCUAGUGAUGCCCUUCAGCAUUGUGUAUAUUGUGAAGGAGACCUGGAUCAUGGGACAAAUAAUGUGUGACGUUUGGCUGAGCGUUGACAUUAUGUGCUGUACCUGUUCUAUCUUGCAUCUCUCUGCUAUUGCUUUGGAUCGGUACCGAGCAAUCACAGAUGCUGUGGAGUAUGCCAGGAAAAGAACACCGAAACACGCAGGCAUCAUGAUUGCAGUGGUGUGGAUCAUAUCCAUUUUUAUCUCUAUGCCUCCUUUGUUCUGGAGGCACCAGACAACCAGCAAAGAUGACGAAUGCAUCAUCAAACACGACCACAUAGCUUUCACUAUUUACUGCACAUUUGGAGCCUUUUACAUCCCACUGGCAUUGAUUCUGAUCCUUUAUUAUAAAAUCUACAAAGCAGCAAAGACAUUUCACAGAAGGAGCGUAAGCCGCAUUGUAAGAGAGGAGGUAAAUGGACAAGUCCUCUUGGAACCGAGUGAGAGAAGCACCAAAUUGGCUUUGACGCACUACACAACAGAUAAAACAUCUGAUCCCUCGACAGACUUGGAUAAAAUCCAUACCACAUUGCGAAGCCCUAAGUCAGAGGCCAAACAAGAGAAAACCUGGAAAAAACAAAGAAUCUCCAGCACGAGAGAAAGAAAGGCAGCAACUACCCUGGGCUUGAUUUUGGGCGCAUUUGUGAUCUGCUGGCUCCCCUUUUUUGUAAAGGAAGUUGUUGUUAACACCUGUGAAAGAUGUCACAUUUCAGAAGAAAUGUCCAAUUUCCUGACAUGGCUGGGAUACGUCAAUUCUCUUAUUAACCCGCUAAUCUAUACAAUCUUUAAUGAAGACUUCAAGAAAGCAUUUCAGAAGCUUGUGCAAUGCAAGCAAUGACAGAGUAUUUGGUCUUCUAACACUGAACCUGAAAAGAGAUUUUUUUUAAAAUAUAUAUAAUUGAUAAGACUUCUAAAGAGAGACAUUUGUUGUGUUUAGGAAAGACAUACACAUACAUGGCAAGGUGCGACUGAUACAAAGGUAAGCUGUAAAGAGACAGAUUCUCUGGGGUCAAUGUUGUGCUAGAAAAGGAGAGGUUCCGUAUGGCCCCAAUCCUGUAUAGAGACUUAUGCAGCUGCUUAGCUUUAAGCACACAAGUAGUCUUAGUCAACCACUUAUAUGCUUAAAAUUAAGCUCAUUCAUAAGUCUUUGCGGGAUCGGAGCCUAAAACAUCACUCACUCAUCAUACAACAAGGCUAAAUGCUGCGUUGCUUUGCUUAGGCAAAACUUACCGCCAUCAAUGGGUGUUUCGAUCGAGUAAAACACAGCCAGGAUUUGGUCCAUAAAGCAUUUGUGAAAAGGGAGAAUACCCCUUUUCAUUAAGGGCUCGAUCAUACCGUUUAAGCACAGGCCUGCAGUGGGGGCAGUGUGGAGCCACCCUAUCCCACGCUAGGUAGGGGGCACUCUUAGGAUAUGCAGCAUCCUACCAGAGCCUGCUGGGGUGCAGCUAUUGCCCUGACUCCUCACACCUCCUUUUGGGAUGAAGUGUACCUCUGGGCAUGCACUGAGGGACCACUACCCCCUUGCAGCACAGAAGCAACCUCCAGCUGUUCGCGAGCCUCGGCAAAGUAGUCCAGUGAGAACAAGCAUUACGUGUUUUCCAUGGUCUCUCACGCCCACACAAAGGACGGUCGCAAUCUUGACCUAGGUAAGAUGAACCAACAGCCGGAGCGCCUAGGAUGAGGGGAGUACAGUUCAUUGUUUAAAUGGUGACAAGUAGCAGCAACUGAAGAGUCUCUGAAGUGUCCGAUUGCAGCUGGCCAAGGUAUGGGAGUGCAAGUGGUGAGGAAGGUGUAAAAUGCCUCCCUGCUUGUGCCUCCUUCCCCAGUGACCUCAGAUGACAGGCACAAGCACAGUCCUUGUACUCCCGAUGCCCAGGGCUGCUCCCUGCUAACACCCCUUAGUGCCCCAGCCAUCUCAAAGGUGGGGUCGGGGUACAGCCCUAGCCCAGAGGGGCUGGAACAAUUUUUAUAGCGAGGAUGCAAGAGCCACUGAACCAAAAUAUACAUACAUGACCUGGAUUCCAUCACACACAUAUCUUCCCUGUGUAUGAUGGAAUCCACAUCAAGCUCAGGGGUGCAGCAGCACCCCCAGCACCCCUCAUUCCAGCACCUAUGGGUAUGCAGGGAAACUACCACCCCUGAAAGACUGUUGGUUGCACCCCCAAUGCAGGUCUGUGGCUAAAAGCCACAAUAGAGCCCCUUGUUAGACUGCUAUAAAAACUUCAGACCAGUGGUUCUUACCCUUUCAGGACUAAAUAUACCAGUUUGCCAGGCUAAGCCAUUGGCUUUAUUAGCCUGUGUUCACUGCCUACCACAUCCAACUGUGUCUUCUAACAGCCACUGGAACUUGGGCUACUCCUAAUGUCAAAGUCGAGUGCAAGCAGCAGCAGUGCGGUUCCUAGCUAACACAGGGCGCGGUAGUUUAGGCCAUCUGUUACAAAAGCCUGAAGUACAGUACUUGGUACCCAUACCCUUGGUUUGAAGAACUGUUGCUUCUAUAAAGUGUUGCUCAUCUUUAAUUUUAAGAGACAUAUUGCACUCAAAGUAUUACACACAGGAUUUUUUGUCUAACCAAAGGAAAGCAGUGUUGUUUUUCGUGUAUUCUGAACUCUAGAAUUAACAGCUUUUUGUAUUUUGUCAGCUAGUUACCAGCUGAGACAGCAACAACAUAAAAAAAAGAGGCAUUUCUUGCAAAACAACUAUUGGAUUCAAAGCUUGUUGUGUUUAGCUUAUGUUUCUGCCACUUUGAAUUUAUUGCCGGGGUUCCUGCCUCCACACCGAGAUUUGAUUGAGAGGUUACUCAGGUGUGUCAGACUAGCAACUGCACAUUUGCCUCACUAUUGAUUCCAGACAUACAUCCACCAGCUUGUCUAGGACUCCAAUUCAAAGCUUAGCUAUACCAUCUACGUAGCUGAGUUAGAUUUUAAAAACACUAGGAUAUGACAGAAUGGAUCGUGGCUGCAUAUAAAUACUUUUCAUGCUCCAGGUAACCCAAAGCAUCGCAGUGAGCGUACACUGACUCAGCAGCCACUCUGUCCUUAGCAACAGUCUGUAAUGUCCAAAUCCAUUGUGCUGCAAGAGAACAUCACUUGUCCCCUCCUCUCUGCAAACAGCGCCAUGGAAUCCAACUUUCAAAAAGACAAACCACCAAAGGCAUCUCCCUGUAACAUGUCAAUGGAAGGAUUUCACCUCCAACAGUGCAGUGCUUCCCGACUACCACCAUCUCCAGCUUGGAUAGCCUGGGGUGGGUCUUGAACUGCUCCUGGUCCAGGAGCUGCUAACCCAGAAGUCAGAGUGUUACUACCUGAGCAGUCCGUGGUGGAUCCCGUCCUUUUUCAGAGCUGUUGCUGAGGGCCAGAGUAUAUUAUUUUCACUGAUAAGGAACUUGGUGACACAUUGUGAAAGCGGAUGAGAGACAAAAAUAGGCAUUGCUGUUGGGGAGAAAGGUCCUGAAGCUAUCAGAUCUAGAUACAAUGGCUCAGGCUCAAAGAAUGGCACAAUAUACAGCUAAAGAGAGAGUUGUCAUUUUUGCAUCUUGCUAGUAGUAUACACUAACUCCGAUUAAGUUGCUAAACAGAUGCAGAGGUGGUUUCCUUGUAUUGUUUUCCCAGCGCUGCAUCUGCUUAUCAUUGAACACACCAGUAGUGUAAGAUGUGACACCAACAAAUCUAUGGUAAUUAGUGGGUAAUUUUCCUAUUUAAAAACAAAAAAAAACACCCCACUUGCAGAUCAUGGUGUACCAUUUCUUUAGUGGCUAUCUGCUUCCCAUCACUUGCAGUUCUCUAACAGCAUCCAGGAUCUCCCUCCUCAUACACACACACGAUUUGUUUCACCUCUGGUGUUUCUCCAGCAUGCUGUACGUGUAUGUAAGAGUUUAAUUUCUUCUUUGACUGAAGUAGUUCUGGAUCAGGUGAUUCAGUACCUCUGCUGUAUACAGCCUUGUGCUUUCACUCACACGCAAAAGUACACCCACAGCAGUAGGCGUACCCUGGCCUGACGUUUUGCUAGCAGAAUGGGCUACCUUGGUUUUACAUUUCAUUUGUUUUUAAAUGCAUGAUUUUAGGCAUCCAACUAAAAUUUGACUGCACUUAAGUCUCACUGAAAUUUUACCCUGUAACCUGCCCCUAUGAAAAGGUUCUUAGUAAAUGGGAAAAAGUGUGCGUGUAUGGAUAUAUAUAAAAUCAAAAUAGUAAGCUUUUUAUAGCCCCCUCCCCUCGUUCUCUGUCUGGAGUAAUUGAUAGCAGUAGUAGGUUGUCAUCCUCUCUGUGGACCAGCACUUGAGGGGGAUAGACACAGGGGAUUUCACAGCUCUUUGUUGGCAGUAGAGAAAGGGUGAGACUCAGGAACUUUGGGUUCCAUUCCAGGUCCUGGUGGGGAGUGGUCUCUCAUAGGCACAGACUUCUCCCCGUUCCAUCAAGUGUGACCCCUUCUGCUAGGAGGGGGUCACAGUUGGAUCAGCUCCACCCCCUCCAAACUGUCCCUGUCUUGUCUCUUCCACACCCCUGGUUCCUUGUCCUAGUCUCCUUGCCCAGCCAGUCACAGUUCCUCCCUUCCUUCUCCCCUUCCCUGGCUUCCAGUCCGUAUCUCCCUUCAGCAUCUAGUCUGUCUCCCACCACUUCCCGGCUUUUUGUCCUGACAGUCCCAGUUCUCCCCCCACACUCCAGUGCCUUGUCACAUCUUUCUUCCCUCCCACACGACUUCCUAGGCCCAGUCUCCUUGUCCGAACAGUCCCAGUCUUUCCCCCACCUCCUCCUCAGAUCUCAGUGUUUCUACCCAUGACCCAGCCAACUGCCUCACAGUUCCUUUCUCUCCUCCUGUCCACCCCAUUUCCCUCACCAGGUCUUAGUGUCCUUGCCCAACCAGUCCCAACGCUCCCCCUCCCCAAACUCUCAGUCAGUUUGUCUCCCCUUCUGCGGUCCCAAUCUCCUUUUCCUCCCCCUACUCUGCUGUUUGUCCCCUCUGCUUUCAAAUCGGGCAUCUUUCUCGUCCCCUGGGCACAGACCGGGGGGAGGGGAGUGUCACAGGCUCCCUGCUCUUGAAAGCAGCUGCCCAGCCUGACCCCAACCUGGAGGAUUAAUUAGAGGGAAAAUUCAGCUUUGAUGCUGGAGACCCGAGCAUGCUCAGUUCUGUGGGGAUGGCACAGAUGCCAUCUGAUCAGCAAUGGGAGCCGUGAGAGGCUGGAGCAUGCUCAGUGUGCAUGGAAUCUUUAAUGUUAAUAGACAAAAAUCUCUGAAGUCUGAACAGGUGAACUGUGAUUUUUCAAAGGCUUAGAACUAGGCUGGGAUGGAUUAGAUUUAAUUGGUAAACAUCCAUUUCACUGUGUAUACACCAAACAAACAAUAUUUCCAUUGAUGAUCAUUGAAAUUUACAGAUAAAUACCACUCUCUCUUUCUUUGCCUGAGAACACAGUUUUACUUUUUAUAUGUUGACAUAUGAUGUUGGCAAUUUGUGUUUUAACGGUUGAAGCUUCAGCUUUUUGAUUCUCAAUAUCUACUGUCAAUUGUGGAAAAUGGGAGGGGGUCAGAUCACAAUGGUGAACAUUUACAUCUAUAAAGAUCUUUAAAAAAAAAAAGAUUGCUUAGAAAUCAACUGAUAUAACCUAUCCACACGAUGAAAAAAAUAAAAAUUGAAUUCUGCCAAGCCUUGUGUGGAUUUUCAGAGGGAUACCAAAAGGGACAUCCUUGACACCAGCCACCUCCUUGCUAUAUUUCAAGUCCCUGCCCUAAAGCAUGGCCUCUAGAACUUUUCAAAGAAAAAAAUCUCAACAAUUUAACAUGUGCAAAACCAACAUUUUUCCUAGCCUCAUUCUCAGAAAUACCUGAGCCCUUUUGGGUGAAGUUUUCCAGAAAUAUUCAGCCUGAGACACCUACCUCACAUGGAACAUUUUAGCCCAAACGGUUAAGGUUUGAUAAAGGUAAAAGCAAUUAAAAACAGUGUCUUAUAUUAGGAAGUGCCAGGCAACCUUAAGAGAUCGUGCUACUAGUUCCUGCUAUUCUGAAACAAUUUGGAAUACUGAACAGUUAGUCCCCAGUUUAAAUUAAUUUUAACUGUAAAAAAUGAAGUAGUUGAAAAGGCCACACCUAGUAUGUGAGAGCAGGUAGUCUCAGUUGGGUCACUUUUUCCUCUCCCCAGGUUGCUUUAUUGUUCGUUUUCUCCCUGAAUGCCUCCCUGACCCCCCUUAGAAGGGCAUGAAGAUUUGUGUGCACGUUUAUUUUAGUGAGGAGGUCUCACUUGUAUACCAUUGUGAGCUGGGGCACAAUUGCAUCAAGAGACACACCCGUCCAAUCGAUCAGAGUGUGCUUUUGGACAAUCAGGAUCUGCAGCCAUCCUCUAAACUCUUAAUGCCAUUAUUUGCAGUAUUAAUAGUGCCAUCUUUGUAACAAAGAGGAAAAUCACUCAACAGGCAACUCCAAACUCAACAUAUUAUACCUGUCAGAAUACACUUGGUCUUUGCUGUCCAUGUGACUAUGACAGUAUAAAACCCUGGUUGUGGCAGUGUGAGGGAAGAUUCCUUUUUUCCCCUAUACAGGGUAUGUGAAAAGGACCGUGAGAAACCUUGUAAAGAUUAAAGGCAAACAUUUAAUGCUACAUUGCUACGGGUCAGAUCCUGCAACAGCCAAGCGGUUUUGCCCAAAGCAGCAAACCCAUUGAAUUCUAGGGACCAGGAUUGUGUAGGGCGUCCCGCUCUUUUGGCCCUGUGCCACUUCCUCUAGCUCCGAGAGAGUGCAGAGGCAGUUUUUUCUGGCAGCCAUAAGCAAAGACAAUGAAUCACACCUCCCCCAUCCCCCCCACGCAAAAUUAUACAUGAAUACACGCAUACCUAAUCCUGGAUCGGUCCCUGCUGACACAGAUAUGUUACAGAGAUGCCUGCCCACCGAUAUCCCCAGAUUCAGUCCACAUCAGACCCCCUUCUUGCCAUUAUGGCCACACAUUUGAGAAGCAGGAGGGGUAAGUUAGGAGUUAGCACAUGGCGCAGAGGGUAGAUGUACAGGUUUGGUCUUGGAGCGUUUCUUCAUGCACCGGCUGUGGGUAUGCAAAACCCCACAAUGCACCACAGGGUGGGAUUGGUCUCUGAAUAAAGGGGCAUAGUUAGAUCCAAGUUCUAAGCCUUCCACUGUUGCCAACCACAGGGUGCACUUAGGUCACAUUUUCAUGCUUUUUCGUGCAAUCAUGAGGGUUAUAAACAUUUUUGGAAGUGAAAUUUGAUUCUCUUGUGUAGCUACCUGGCUCAGGGGCUUUAUGACAUAUUAGGAGAUUUUCAAGACUUGGGAAACUUGAUGCAGCACAGGUUUGCCAAGAGGCACCAGGUUACAGAUUUUGAUCAUAUAAAACGGUGCAGAAAGAAGUCAGUAACGUCGGUGUGAAUAAUGCGGCACUAAACAGAAACUCAUCUGUGUCAAAAUGAUCUGGUGCCAAACCUUGUAGCUGAGCAAGUCAAUAACAUUAGUGGAGCAAAGUAACAACACUAGUACAAUCUUAUUGAAUCUGGAGUCUAAAAAACCAGAGGCUUCCCCUCUUUCUUACGUUCCAAUCAAUUUUUGUUUCAACUAUAAACCUUCGAGCCCCUGAAGACAUUUCUAACAGAAACAUUUUUGGAUAAAAGAAUAGUUGGCUUGGUUAGUUAAAUAGCUGACAUACUAACUGCAUAUUAAAAUUCUCGAGACAGAGUAAUGCCAAAAAAAGUAUUUAAGUGGUGAAUCACAUCAGUUAUUUGAGUGAUGAUAUUUUUAAUACAAUAAUAGUUCAAAUCACUUGAAUCCAUGUUUUAGGGAAGGUAUAAUUUUAGCUCCAGUUCUGAAGAUAUAAGAAGUUGCUACAUAAAAAAUGAACAGUAUUAGCAAAUAUGUUCUCAUCUCCACUUACAGCCCAAGAUGGCUUCUAGGGCCAUAGUAACUUGUCACCAUCCCAAAAUUAAAUAUUGCUUUCUUCUUUCUAAAUAUCCAUUGCAUUGAAACUCAAGUUAAUCUUUAUCCUUUAGCUUUUUAAAAACAGCAGUUACUCCUUUUUAUAGCACUAGUGAAACAAUUAAGGUGUAAUCAGAAGAACUAAUAAUUUUCAUGCUUUAGGAUAUAACCAGUGGUAGACAAUUUUUGCAAUAUCUAGAGCUUCAUUGGCAACACCCCAGCAUUUGAAGGCUGCACCUACUUAGUGGUGCCUGCUAGCGGCCACUCUACUUAAAAUUAGUUUCCAUUAUAUUACAGAGCUCCAAGGAUCAGUCCUCAACUAUUUGAGCUAAAAGAUCAGCCAUAGGAGGUCUCGAGUUCUUUCUGUGCUGCAAACAGCUGAUGGAAGAGGACAUGUUCUCCCACUCGCAUACACAAGCACACAGAUCCUGAAUCAGUGGGAACAAAGGGGGGUCUCUAGCCACCCACAACAAAAACCGCCACAAAUUACAACCUAUUUUCUUCAAAUGAAAACAGUAUGCAAUUUAAGGGGGCACAAUGCUGAAGAAUCUGAAGUGGUAGUAAAACAGCCAGCCAGUUCUAAACAUGGGGAAAGACAAAUAAGUAUGAAGUACAAAAUUCAAAUUAGGCUAUUUAUUUAUUUUUUUAAAUAACCUGUAUCUCAAGAAUAGUUUGAUGGAUUUUUCUUCCACAUUUGCCUUCAGGUUAAAUCUGAUCAUUUCCAAUGUCCCCAAUCAAUUCUCCAGGCGGGCAAUCUAUUGCAGCUAAAGCUGAACUUUACAUUAGAAGAUUCUUGCAACCUCGACUAUUGAGAGUCUUAUCUCCCCAUAAUUUCACUUUAUGAUGUCAAUGCACUGAAGAAAUAUUAAGUAACUAACCCUCACUGCCUCCCUUUGAGGUAGGUAGGUAUUAUCUCCAUUUUACAGAUGAGUGAAAAAGCACAGAAAAAAGAAAAGUUUAAUGCCCAACAUUUUCAAAAGCUUGGACAGCAGCAAAUAGUCACUUGGGUGCCAUCCAGGAGGCUGAAAGAUGGUGACUGGUCCACACCCAAGCUAACUGAGCAGCCAAUGGCUUGAGCAUAGGCACCCAGUUAGGUGUCCCCGUGAACUCCGGAAAAUGCUAAAGGUCUGCACCAGGUGCUCAAAAAUUAAUUGUACUAAGAGAAUGGACUAUGCCAGGAGGUGCAACAAAAGCUAUUUAAAUAGCAGCCCUGAUGGGUUGCUUGCAGUCUGUGCACCCUUAAACCAUGAUGGUGCACAGAGCAAUGACCCACAUACACACUGAAGAGAGAGAGAAAACGAACACAGGAUUUAGUGAGGGUUUAUAGAAUUAAUACAGGGAAGGAGGGAAAGUCAGGAUUAGGGCAGGGGCUACAUAAGGUGGGGAAGAGAUGGAAAGGGCUGUGGCUGACAUACCCAACUUUUGAGAGAGAGCAGGACAGCAAUGUGGAGAGGCCGCAGUGUCGCACCUAACAAGUUCCAUGUAUACAUCAUGAGGCACCGUGGAUUUUAAAAAAAAUAAUAGAUCUAUUAUACAUUUAAAAAAAAUAAACCUCUUUCAAAUGAAACCUGAUUUCAAUACAAAAUGGGUUAAGGCCUAUUCUACUUGUAAUCUCUGAAGACAUUUAAAUUAAAAAAAAAUAUGCUGAACCCAUGAGCCUGUAUCAAAAACGUUGCCUGAAAAGUCUGCUUGUCGAAAGAAAGAAAGAAUCAGGGGAAAGCAUCUAAACUUUUGAAACAAAGCUCUAUAAAUAAGGCACAAUAGGUCUUUCAUGAAGGGCUUGAUCUGGUAAGGGACCCAGAGGCAGUGCUACUGGUGCAAGAAAUUGGCAAAGUCAUCACAGGCAUUGGGACACAGCCUCUUACUCUAGGAGACACCAACAGGAUCAUCCACUUAGCCCAGUUGGGUGGUCUCAGUCUCCUAUUUUAUAGCAGCUCCCUACCUGAGCUCUGAUUGGCUCAGUUCAUAAAUUACAAAUUUUUUUACUCCAACCACCAUGGGCACUUACUCUCCAGCUCAUGGAAAAACACUGAUUGCUCGGUAACUACCAGACAUUGUGUCUGGGUGACUCGUCACUUCAAGUAAAUGGCCUUGUUCUGUGUCCUUGCAUGCUUGCAGAGAGACACAAAUCCAUUAAUUUCUCAACUGCCCCCCCCCCCGGUCUCUAAACAAUCAAAUACUGCAGUGCAAAAGGCAUGUAGGUUAUACGGGCAGAAGCCUUGAGUUGCUGGUAGUUGGUGUGUUUUUCUGGGGGCAGAGGAGUUCUUAACAAGGGAGCAGGAGCAGAGGGCGCAACCAGCAAGGAGCAAAACUGGUGCCAAAGCAGGACACCGGGGGAAGAAGAGACAACAUUCUUCAGAGUGCAGCCUCUAGUGUUGAUUUCAACACCUGGGAACUUGAAGGAAAAAACCUGCCAUGGGGGCAGGUUGUAAAAAAGACCCUGUUGGGGAAUAUUUUCAAGAAAUUCCUGUACCUCUGGGUAAAAAGGAGCAUGUGUCAAAUGUAAGCAGUGCAAGAAAGAGCUGCAAGGCCUGGUUGUCAGAAUAAAACAACAUGAUGAAAAAUGCUCUUCAAGAGGCAAUGACUUUGAAGAUGAUGUGGACAGGUCUGAACUAUCUGGAUCAAUUGGUUAGUAAACUUAUUUUUGCACAAUUCUUAUGGACGACCCACCAUGUCUUACUAUGUUGCUAAAAGAUACAUUUGUGUUUUGUGUGAUUACUUACUUCUGAACUUCAAAAUGUUUGUGUUCAAAAUAUAAUUAAUAUGUUAAUUAGUUGUGGGAGUAUUUAUCAAUUACAUUUUUACUGAUACUGCUGGACUUCUGAAGUGAUUUUUUUAUUGCUCAAUAGUGCAAUCAUCCUAGGUGAAGAUUUCCUGUUUAAUAGUAAAGUUUUAUUAGGCACUUAUGAAUUUUAACAUAUAAAAAGUGUUUUCCCCCCCCAAUAUGUUUGGUAUGGUGCUAGAGGUAAGGGUUCAAACAGAUUUAAAUAAUCCUUACACUAGAUUAAGUAUUUUCAAUAUAAACUGGGUUUAGAAUUAAUUGUAUUGCUUCAACAGGGUAUAAAUAGCUGCAGUAAGAGGAAUCUUUCAUUUACAAUCUCAUGUUUUUAAAGCAGUGCACUGAGUAAUACUAAGGGAGUGACCGUGACUUUUUUUUUUUUACCAUAUUUUUUUCCCAGAGUCCAGGUUACACAUAAGGGGCUACGAAUGUCCAUCAUCUGCAACUUCAGAGUCAUCUGCCAACACCACAAGCAGCACGGCAACUACACAUUUGUCAGACAGUAAAUUACCUGUAAUAAAAAACACCACACAGCCUUUCGUCAUCAUCCGGUAACACCCUAGAUGACUUAAUAAUCAGGACCAGCAAAUUCCAGCAAGACUCCAGAGAUGAAAAGAUUGCUUGGUUCACUUUUGCAACACAUCUUCCUUUUUGUCUUGUUUAGAACAAACAUUUCAUUGAUAAGUUUCGCUCAUUACGACCAGUCAACGCUCCACCCAACAGAGCAGACAUCGCUGGAAGGUUCCUGGGUACAAUCUAUAAGAAGUAAACUGAAUAGUGUGCAAUAAAUAUUGACAGGAAAUUCAUUAAAUUGAGUCUUGAUGGGUGGAGCAAUAUACACAAUGAUCCAGUAGUCUGUGCUUGUGUGACAACAAAGACGGAGUUCUCUAUCUUACAGAAACAAUUGAUCCAUCAGGAAACAUGCAUUUAGCAGAACAUUUAAGCAGCAGUAAAAUCGAUAAACUGUGAACAAAAAAUUCAAGUGUAUACCUUUGUCAUAGGCAAUGCUGCAAAUGUAGCAAAGAUGAAACAAAAUCUAGAAGAUAAUGAAGGAAACCUGAAACGUACAACAUUAUGGGUACAGUGCUCAUUUGACGCAUCUUUUAGCCAAAGACUUACGUACAACUCCAAGAAUAAGAGAAAACAUUGCUGAAAUUGCAAAAUAUUCUCAUCACCACCAGUUCGCUUCAGCAAAGAGAACAGCAGGGUCUAAACUAAUUUUCCUCUAUGAAGUACAAUGGAAUUCAGUGGUUGACUGUUUUGAGUUAUUUAUUAAGAAUUGUCCUAUUCUGAUGACAAUUUGUGAAGAAAAUUGCAACAAAACAGAUGGAACUAUUAUAGCCAAAGUAGUCAACAUCAGACUAAAGAGAAUAUACAUGAUGUACUGAAUAUACAGAUAUCUAUUUCCAUAGCCUUAAACAAACAGUAGAACGACUACUGCUGUAUUGCUGAAGUUGUUGAAAUUUGGAAAGAACUUUGAGACAUUAAAAAAAGAAAUACUCAACAACAAAGUUAAAUUGCAGGCAGUAAAGAAACAAAUGGAUCAAGCACUUACUGCACUUAAUUUUCUUGCCAAUUACCAGGUAUAUAUGUAACUGCUGAAGAAGCAGCAGCUGCUAUGACAUGGGGUAUCACCAAUCAUACCAAUAAUAAAUUUCAGGGCUGGACGUGAACCAUUCAAGCAGUACAUGUUUGCUGAUGAUGGUUUAAAGAAAGUCACACCACUGAACUGGCGGAAAUCACUAGCUAAGCACCUGGAACCAGAUUUUGAUGAAGUGCUAAACCAGUUUUAGACAGCGGUAGCCUCUUCUGCAGGUACAGAAAAAAUAUUCUCUUUAUUUGGAUUCAUUCAUUCCAAACUGAGAAAUCAAUUGGGAGUUGGAGAAAAAACAACAACAGAAAAACUUGUCUGUGUCUUCUAGUCCAUGAAUAAGAGUAAGGAGGGAGAGGAUGAGAUGUACUAGUUGAAAAGUUUGAAAGACAGUUUAGAGUAACUUAGGAAACAAUCUCAUUUUCAAGAGACUUGGGCAAGUAGGACCUUAAGUUCCAGUCACUUUCACUUAGGCAUAUUUGAAAAUUUGCCCAGGCUGACCCCAAAUAACCAAUUUAAUUCACUAACUACAGUUAAUCCUUCUGUUUAAUAAAUCAUUUAGCUGUAAAUGUGAAAUGUGUUUUGAUGAGAAAUUUAUGUAUCCAAAACAUUUAAGGUUGUUUUGUUUAAUAAAAUAUAUUUUAUA